AUCGAUUCAUCAUUUUGAGACUGUGAAGGAUCCGAAUGAAAUAAAAGUAAUCGCAUUAUUCCCAUCUAGAAUGAAUAAACAAACAUCAGUUUAGUUUUAAAUUAGUACUCACAAUAUACAAGUAUCCUAAUAGAAUAUUUUUAAAGACGGAAGAAAAACCCCUUCAUUGGAAAUCAAAUUUACACAGGUGGGGUAUAAAACCAUCUCCUUCUGUUGUUAUGGUAAACUUAAGAGCUUUGAAAUACAGUAUGUCAUUUGCCAAACGUAUUGAUUUUAUUGCCUUCUGUUUCCUGGGUCGCUUGUAUUGUUUCACUUGACGUGUCCGAGCCCUGCAUUCAAUACAUCCGAGUCCAGCAGAUGAAUCAAUUCAAAUCAUUGAUGACACUUCAUGCUUUAUUUACUGUACAAUUUCUGUGGCCUAUUAUUUUAAGUUCUUUAAUCUGGAAUCUAUAUUGAUGUGAUCGAAUGAUAGCUGUUCAUUAUAGUUGGAACCCCGGCUUUCUGAGUGAAACUAACGCAAGCACAGACCGAGGAGCUAGCCACGGCUUCGAUCAGUCUUAGUUAUUUUAUUAACGUCAGCCACAAGCGCAUCUUCGCCGUGCUAAUUGUUCAUAAGCAAACUGUACGUCCCUCUGACGACACACAGAGGCAGUCACUAGCGCCAGUAAGUGGCGCCAAAUUGACACGUAACUACCCGUGGACGGUCACCAUUACUCACCGAGGCAACCUGCCCGGAUUGUUAAGAUUUCCGCAUAAAAAAAUAAUUUACAUAAAUUGUGUGUAAUCCAGGCUUUCAUUGCGGGGGUUCCGAAACUUCUCACCGCGCAGCCCCACCGCGGCGAUCGCCUGUAGGAGACACGGGUCACAUCUCGGGCCGGCGGAUCGGACUUUGUUUGAAAUCCCGGAUAACGUCCAGCAAUCAAUAGCAUGUUUUGCUUUAUUACUGGCGAAGAGUUAAACUCGCCAUACCACUGAAUAUUGUCACAUAUACACUGCCGCUCCGAAAUUCUAUCGUAUCGAUCCGACUCUACAACUGGUGCAGUAUAUUUACAUAAAUAUACGAGUGUAAUUGAAAAAAAGCCCGCAAAUAUGUCACAUAUGGCGCUCUACAUGGGACCGACUGACGGAUGUGCUUAAAGGGAGUCUAAAAGGGAAAAUUCCGUGAAAUUUAUUCAAUGGGUUAAAAGAUAUUUGUAUUAAUGUGUUGCUUUCCUAUAGAAUUGCACUGGAGAGAUAUAAACCGGGGAACCCGUAUGGCCACUUCCUGAGAUCAGGGCGAGAGAGAGCCGGACAAGCUUCUUUUAUCAGAGAAAUAAACACGAAAUAGAUCAACAAGUUCUUUGAAGCGCGCAUGCGCUGCUGAUGCGAGUAAUUGCUGGGAAUGUUAAGAUGGCGGUGACUUACUUAUAUUUCGAUAUUCAACAUGUGUUAAAUUUGUAUUUUUCUUUGGAAUAUUACCUCUAAAAGUGUGUGAAUGAUUGGAAAUUACAAAACAAGUGUUGUGUGAGGGAGUGAUGCCGUUUUCUUCUCGGCUGUUCAUGUUUCAUUGGAAUGCAAUCGAGUUUUGCCAGCUCGCAAGAGGAUUUUUUAUUCAGUCUAUCGUUGAGGGCUACUCUGGCCACCGAUUCAGCGGCCUCGUCAUCAAGGUAAUGCCAAAACGGGAAGAAAGUGUAUUUUUAAACGAAGGAGUAUCAAAUUCUUUUGGAUAAAUGUAGUCAUUAAGCGAGAAAAAAAUAUUAAUAACCUUUCAUGCUUUUCCUAAAUUUCUUGAAACUGUGCUCUUUUUCUGAACUAUGAUAUUAAGUCAUGAGGAUGGGAAUACGUCAUACGUUAAGAACAUACACAAACCGACCGUCUGGCCAGCCGCUGGGUGCAUUUACUCUCGCUGUGUGGCUCUAAUUGUAAUCAUCAUGCUAUUUACUAAAGCGUGUUUGGGGUCCGGAUUCGCGGACCUCUCCAAUGUCUGUGGACCCCUGUUUUACCCCGUCAAAUUCAAGAACCAGUGCCUUUAUCUUGAUGACCAACUGACACGCAAUAUCUGUGACACCCCUCGGACGUUCCUGGGUCUUCCCAAUAAUCCGAUUCACUUAAAGUUUUGCAAUAAGUACACCCUCAACCACAUAUUACCUCAAGACAGCCCGUGGGACGGGAGGCGGGUGGGUGGUGGAUGUAAUGAGACGAUGGUAGAGCUGGUGAACAGUGACAACCGAGCUCGUGAGGAGUUUGAACUGUUUGUUAGUUUACUGGAGAGAGUCGACUGUGAUAGUGUGUACUCCGUCACGUGGGGGUGCAGCAUUUGCCAGAAGGCAUACAGGGACUGGCUAUGCACACAACAUAUUCCCGUGUUUAGCCGGAACUCCCCGCCCUCACGCAUACCCCCCUGUGGUGAUUUCUGCUCAGGAGUAGAACACAAGUGUCCAUUUCUUCGACCCCUGACGGAGACAACCUAUGCAGGGGAACCUAGUUUUAUAUGCAAAGAUCCAUCAUCGGAUAUGGUGCCAAGUCUUUCGGAGCAAUGCUACAAACAGUGCUACUUAACGGACGACAAAAAUGCAAAAUGUCUUCGUCAAUUUCCGUCACGUCACAACGUCAGUGCUGCCCUCUACACAAAUACCACGGAACGUAACUCCUGCUGUUCUCUGACUACAAACUCAUUGACAAGAAUGUGUGUGUAUCUAAUUGGAUUUGUUUUCGUUAGGACUGUGUUACUAUUUUAUUCUAUAGGGUUAACUUAAUGGUAAAAUUGUGUUGACGUGUUGUAGUGAAUAAUCAAGAACGAAUGCGCGUGCGUGUCUGUCUGUGUGUCAGUCUGUGGGUAAAUAUGGCGGACAUAGUUUUGUUCGUAUUGGUCAUUUUUACUUUUUUGGUUUUUUAUAUACGAGAGCAAUAUGAUGAUUUAUUAAGUUUUGAACUGGACAACGUGAUUUUGUUUUGUUGUAGUUUGACUAUUCUUCCGUACAUGAACAUCGGUAUUUAUCGUUAUGUUUCGUUCAUGCUGUUUUGGGCUAUACAGCCAUAUGUGCAGCAGCUGGUCCCCAAUAAUACACAGUAAUAAGCCCGAGAACUCACUGAUCAAGUUCAUGUCGGCCAUAGGUUUCUUUUUCAGUUGCUUUCUAAUAUCUUAUGCGUAUUAUCAACUAAUUUGGUCAUUCAUUGAAUUUAUUUAUGCAUUUAUUUACUUAUUUAUUUAUUGAUUGAUUGAUUUUAUUGCACUGAUUGAUUAAUCUACCCGAUCAUUGAUUGAUAUAUUUAUGAAUUCAUUGAUUGGUUUAUGUUUUGAUUCGUUCAUUGAUCUAUCCAUUGACUAUUUGAUUGAUUUAUUUAUUCAUUCUUUACGUUGGGCUCCUAACUGAUUUAUCGAUGAAUCUGAUUUGGACUUAGAUCGUUAUCAACUAUUGAUUUGACAUAUUUCUACUUGUUAUUCGGUAGAAUUGUAUUGUUUGACAUAAUAAAGAGAUGGAUUUUA